UGUUAACGAAGCACUAAUUACCUUAGCUGAAGCAGAAUCGACUAUGACGGCAGAUUUGAAAGAAUCUUUACUUCGUUCUAGGGGUGCUUGUCUCGUCUGAGGAAAGUCGGCAGCCAUCUUACAGCGGUCCUGUCGAGUCGCGGUGCAUCAAGUACUAAGGGAGCUUAUGCUAAAAAGGGCGUCCUACAAAUUUUGCACUGUAAUGACAGGACAUAGAGGUUUUUGGCUUGAAUCAUAUUAGAUCAAGCUGUUUUACCUACAAAUUUAGUUAUGUGCAACGUGUUUUUUCUUGGAAGUAAUUCGAUGGGAUGAUCUCUGGGACAGCAAAGGGAUUUUUUAUAUGGAAAGCGUUGUUUGCCGUAUCGGACGAAAUCAAAUUUCCAUAGGACCAAUUGCAGAAUCAGCUAUUAACUAGUAAAUAAGAAGUUCCUGUCACUGAAAUCUACCAAAGAUGAAGCUGGCUGGAUUUUCCAUCUGUCUUCCCGGUUCGAUUGAAGUUGACCUUCGAAGUGCAGGUGACGAUAAUCUGCGACAGAAGCUGGCAAUCUGCGGCUGUUGUGAUCACGUCUGCCCAAAAAUGCAUCUUACCGAUUGCGCGCACGUCUUUUGUGAUCGGUGUGUGCUGAAACUACCAAUGAACAGAAACGUCCCAAGUGCGUUCUGCGUGAUCUGUCGGAGGGCAGCGACCAUCACAGACGUGCAGACGCCGGAACCGCUCGUCGCUAAACUGCCUUGUCUAUGUCCGUGCUGUGAGAUCGUAUUAGGCGCUGACGAAUUGCGACAGCAUUUUGCAGGUUGCGUUCUGGUCGACGGCAGCACAGGCAGUGAUAUUCCUGCCGCGUCGUGCGCGUCAACAUGCCCAGCGUCGGCGACUAAGAUGCUUAGCAAACUGCAAAAUUCACACAGUGAACAGGACUCAAAACAAUCGGCUAUAUCAGUUCAGCCGAGCAAGGACACCUCAGUUUUGACCCCAGAUUGCCCGGAUAGUGCACCGCAGAAAACUUCACGCGCUAGCCAAUACGAGACACGACUGGCCACGACCGACGAAUGCAGACGGCAAAGCGUCAAACCGGCCACGUACCCUAUUGAAUCAGCAUGCUACAUCCUUCAGUUCUAUCCGUCUGCGAGAGGCGAUUCGGUACAAAUUUAUCGAACGCUACCGGUUUAUCUUGGAAAUGUCGGCUUCUAUUUUGCGGCUCAUAAGAGCACGAGAAAUGUAGGCAUGUGGUUCUCAUACUUCGACAUAGGUCAACAGCAAAGUAAUACAAUAAAAUUAACUUGGAAGGUAACAAUUUGGUGUGGACAGGAGGUACAAGGUGAAGGUAGAAGUGCCACUGUACGAAAUCCACAGAUUGGGCAGCAUGUUCACUUCUCCUCAGUUUUCGAUAGUUACGAGCGAGAAAUGGCUAUAAUAACCGUACGUAUAGAAAAGCUGAGUUGAUGGCUUUGCAUUGACAAAGCGAACGUACCAGACCGCGGACAGUUUGUGGUUGAUAGUAAUUUUAAGUUCGAUUAAAUCGUCUGACCGUCUCAGCGGAAAACUACGAUGGAGAACAAACCACUGCUGGUUAACGAUUUAGAAAAACAUCGCAUCUUGUUAAAAAUCAUCAGAAAGUAGAGAUAGGCGUUAACCGUACCACACCGGCAUCCUCGAUAACGUUUCGAAAUUUACCAUACUCAAUAAUAAAGG